AUGGAAGCCGAAAUGGAAGUUGAUUCGCCCGAUCAACGUGGCACCAAGCGCCCAGUAGAAGAGGAUGAUGCAUCCGAGCCAUCAAAGCCGAAGCGGAUCAAGGCCCUCGACCCUAAUGUCGUGAACAAGAUCGCUGCCGGUGAAAUCAUUGUUGCUCCUAUGCACGCCUUAAAGGAGCUUAUUGAAAACUCUGUCGACGCGGGCUCCACAUCCAUCGAGGUUCUUGUGAAGGAUGGAGGGUUGAAGCUGCUGCAAAUUACGGAUAACGGACAUGGAAUUGAUCGUGAAGAUCUUCCGAUCCUAUGCGAGCGAUUCACAACGUCUAAGCUCAAGGAAUUUGAGGAUCUAUCAUCCAUCGGCACCUAUGGAUUCCGUGGCGAAGCGUUGGCAAGUAUUAGCCAUAUUGCUCAUUUGAUGGUGACUACCAAGACUGCCGGCUCCAGCUGUGCCUGGCGGGCACAUUAUGGUGAAGGGAAACUAGUUCCUGCGAAGCCCGGGCAGAAUGCAAUCCCAAAAGCAACAGCAGGGCGAGGAGGGACCCAGAUUACGGUCGAAGACUUGUUUUACAACGUCCCCAGUCGUCGCCGUGCAUUCCGAUCGUCAAGCGAAGAAUACGCCAAAAUCCUCGAUGUAGUUGGCAGAUACGCGGUGCAUUGCUCAGGGGUCGCUUUUUCGUGUCGGAAGCACGGUGACUCUGGAGUGAGCAUCUCAACCCCAUCUGCCGCGAAUACAACUGAUCGGAUCCGUCAAAUCCAUGGCAGUGCAGUUGCAAACGAAUUGGUUAAAUUCGAGUCUGCAGACCAGAAGCUCGGCUUCCGUGCUUCAGGUCUUGCUACCAAUGCCAAUUACCACGUCAAGAAGACAACUAUUCUGCUCUUCAUCAACCAUCGGGCUGUAGAAUCAACUGCCAUAAAACGUGCUGUGGAGCAAACCUAUUCCGCAUUCCUACCCAAGGGUGGACAUCCUUUCGUUUACCUUGAUUUGGAAGUGGAGCCUCAUCGGGUUGAUGUUAAUGUGCACCCGACCAAACGUGAAGUUAAUUUUCUGAACGAAGAUGAGAUUAUUGAGAUGGUCUGCAAUGAGAUACGGUCUAAGCUAGCUCAGGUCGACUCAAGUCGCACAUUUCUCACCCAGACUCUCUUGCCUGGUGUGCAAAUUGUUGAGUCCCUCCCGCGUGACCAAACUGGCGAGGGUCCAGCAGAUGGAAUAGCUACUACUCCUACGCCUAAAACACCCGCAACACCCGCAACGUACAAAAGACCAAAUGAAAGCACUCUCGUCAGAACGGACUCAAAAGUCCGUAAAAUCACCUCUAUGCUCGCUCCCUCUCCUUCACAACCUCACCCCGAAACAUCUACCGAGUCCGGCAACCUACCCCCUUCUGUCCAGGCCGACGGACUUCAAUACGAAACUACAGACCGCCAACCGCUCCGCAUCGUCCUGUCUUCUAUUAAAACCCUGCGCGGUGCCGUUCGUUCAACUAUGCAUAAUACACUAACCGAGAUGUUCGCCUCGCAUACCUAUGUCGGUCUUGUAGACGAGCGAAGACGCCUGGCAGCCAUUCAAUCCGGAGUCAAGCUCUACUUAGUAGACUAUGGCCUCGCCUGCAAUGAGUUUUUCUACCAGGUCGGCCUGACAGACUUCGGGAACUUCGGUACAAUCCGUCUCGAUCCGCCACCAAAGCUUGUUGAUCUGUUGAGCAUUGCAGCCGAGGCGGAACAGCAAGAGUCUCACAGUGCAGACGAAGGAGCUGAGAAAAUCUUCUCUCAGGCUGCUGAAAUCGUAUCCCGCAGUUUGAUUGAACGUCGCGAAAUGUUGGACGAAUACUUCUCGAUGAAAAUCAGUGAAGAUGGCGAGUUGCUCACCAUCCCAUUGCUGUUAAAGGGAUAUGUUCCUUCUUUGGCUAAACUUCCACGCUUUCUGCUCCGGCUGGGCCCCUAUGUGGAUUGGUCUGGGGAGGAAGAGUGCUUCCGUACCUUUUUACGUGAGCUUGCAGCCUUUUAUACACCCGAACAACUUCCCGUACCGCCUUCUCAACCUAUCGCAACUGAAGACAGUGCCGAUGAACCAGCCCCAGAGGCUGAAGACCCUUUCAUUGUUACUCGUCGAGCGCAAAUGGUUCAAAUGAUGGAAUACACAGUCUUUCCAGCUCUUCGUGCUCGACUUGUCGCUACAUCCCGCAUGCUACGGGGCGUUGUGGAGGUAGCGGAUCUCAAGGGUCUUUAUAGAGUGUUUGAGCGGUGCUGA